UGUUUUGGUUUACAGCAGGACUUGUGUUAAAAAAUGAGACAAAAUUGAGGAUUUGUUUGUAAAUUUUUUAAUAAACCAGAUUAUUUAAGAUUUUUAAUUGUUAAAGUUGAAGUGAAGAAUACCUUGAUCACUUAAAAAGCUAUUUGGUACGUGCUAUUUGAUGAUAUAUUGGUCUAGUGUUUACAUGGUCAACUAUUGGUGAAUCAAAGCUUUGGUAUUGGGUUGUAUGGUAACCUUAUUCAUGAUCAGUUUAAUCUCUUCCAUUGCAGUCUAGAGCAAUGAAUGUAAUUAACCACUACACCUUGUAAACGGAAAGAUGAAAUCCAUCUUAAAGUAAUUUUAAUCAUAACUAUGCAAAUCCACCAGAUGAUCAAAUGUCAAAAUCACCACUUAAUUUAUACCAUGAAAAGCAGCGUAAGAAACUCUGUGCUCUUCAUACUCUUAACAAUCUACUACAGAGUGAUGCAUUCAAACAGGCAGAUCUUGAUGAAAUAUGUUUAAGAUUAUCACCUGGUAGUCGAUUUCUGAAUCCACAUCGAGCUCUUCUUGGCCUUGGCAAUUAUGACGUUAAUGUUAUCAUGUCAGCUCUUCAGGACAAAGGACUUGAAGCUAUAUGGUUUGAUCAAAGAAAAGAUCCAAACUGUCUUAACAUGAAUCACAUCUUUGGUUUCAUCCUAAACAUUGACAAUUUUCAAAAAAACCAGACCCUCUUGAGCAUUUUGAAUAUUGGCAAUUUAUUUGCUUCUAAAAAACACUGGAUCGCGUUUAGAAAAAUAGGAGACCAAUAUUAUAAUUUAGAUUCUAAAUUGGAUACACCCGAAGCGGUUGGACAAGAAACUGAGAUGAUUCAGCUUCUUCGUGAUAAAUUGAGCUCUGGUGACUGUCAAGUUCUUCUUGUGGUUGACAAAAAAGUAGCAGAAGACCUUUCCUGUUAUCGUAAUGCUGAAUAAUUUAUUUAACAUACUAACAAAUAUCAAAAGCAUAUGAAUGGCAUAUUUAACAGGAAAAUGAUUUAAGUUAUUUGGUAAAGAUAUUGCUGAAUUGCCGUAUUGAUUUUGUAGACUUGGAAAGCUUGUAAAGCAAUUAUUUCGACAGGACAACACCAGAGACAACCCUAAAUCUAAUCAUUCUCAUGAUGCCAAUGAAUGUUGAAUUUUUAAUUUUCUUCGCCACUAAUUGAUUUAUAAGUUUUAUAACCUUAUCUUGGUUAUUAAUGGCUCUCAGUUUUUUUUGAAUCAUGAUCACUAACACCUGAAUAUUAGGGAUCUAAUAUUCAUUUCUUUUUUAUAAUUAUUAUAUUGUUAUUUAUCAAGUGCCUUUAUACAAUAUUUGUAAUGUAUUCCUUCGAAGUCCUACAUGUCCGAUGUGAUUACUUAUUAUCGAUGUAACCGUUGCCAACUUGUCAAAACUUGCUUCUUGUCAAUUUAAGGAAAUCUUUAUUUAUAUUCAAAUGAUAACCUUUCUGCUUAAUUUGUGCUUAGUGAUGGUAAAUAAGGAAUCGCCUGACUAACCUACCAGCUGAUUAAACUUCAAGAGCUCAGAGUUAACUCAAAAGAUCCUAUUAAAAUUUGUUUAAUAAAGAUAAUUAUUGAGUUUAUUGUAACCAGUGAA